CUCAUUAAUGACGAGGCCGAUCAGCUGUCUUUCGGUCACUGGAGUUGAAGUUUCUCGAUAUUAAAUCACACCAGGAGCGCAUUGUAACAUAUGAUGUCUUCCAACAAUAUGGCAGACCCGAGGAGACAAACUAAGAUUUUAAGGUACAAGCCACCCAGCACAGAGACCAACCCCACACUGGAGGACCCCACGCCUGAUUACAUGAACCUGCUGGGCAUGAUCUUCAGCAUGUGUGGAUUGAUGCUCAAGCUGAAGUGGUGUGCCUGGAUCGCAGUCUACUGUUCUUUCAUCAGCUUUGCAAACUCCAGAAGCUCCGAGGACACCAAACAGAUGAUGAGCAGCUUCAUGCUAUCCAUCUCAGCAGUUGUGAUGUCCUACCUCCAGAACCCACAGCCAAUGUCGCCGCCAUGGUAACCAAGGGCCAGUCACAGAAGAGCAAGGAAGUAAUUUGUAGAUGCUGGAGUUGGUUACCAAACAGCUGAUUGGACCCCCUGGCUGUUGAGGGCAAACAGAGACAGAAAGGAAGAUAAUGUGAUGGAAAGAGAUGAAGAGAGGGAAAACAGAUGACCAGGAGGGGUGGACAGUAAGGAGGAAGCUACGUCAGGAUGGAGAGAUCAAAUGGUCUUUGACUGCAUUCUCAUGUUUUCUCUUUUUAAUCUUUUCUAAGUUUGUUGAUGAAAACUUUCACUGUUUGGCUGAUCUGUUGCAUGAUUUCAUAAAUAAAGUUGUACCGUUUUAAA